AUGCCAUCCAUAUCAACUCCACUUCAGUCGACAUCCGAUUUGAGAACCGAGAUAAAUCACAGACCUCGAAGACACACCAUUACCAGACCAGACUCAGCGAUGGCAUUGUUAUCAGACAUGGAAGACGAUGGUGAUGAUGAGGAGCAACAGCAGACAUUUGAUAGAAUCUCCAAUAUUCUCAACAGCUUAAUACAAGAAGCAAACGAUGCUGUGCACGGUAUUGAACAUGAGCGCGUCCAGCUUUUGUCUGCUAAUGCGAAUAAAAAGGCAUCAAAGACUUCAAGAGUAUUCACAUCAUCCACGAUCAUCACUCAACCCCAUCACCAUCAUAGCCCGCUAGAAUCCAAGAUACCACGACCUAAAAAGUCUCGCUCGUCUAUCCACCAGCGCAACUCGAGUGCUUCUUCCUCAGCUUCCUCCUCAUCCAAUUCCAUCUUCUCUCCAGUCUCAGCAGCAAGCACCAGCGCAACUCUAUCACGAUCCCCUUCACCAACUCUGGCCAACUUUAAAAAGCAAUUAUUCAGACAUACGGCACUCCGACCUAGAUCCUGCCCUGUUAUACAACCUCCUCGUCGUUCAAUGACUCCAAGAUCAAAGCGAAACAGCCUUGUCACUGUGUCUGACCCCAUCAUGGAGUCAUUCAAAAGACUUGAUACUUCCAUGGCACUGGUGGACUCUCUCUCUCGUGACCUGGCUACACAAAAAGUAAAGGAUAACAACAAGAUCAUUCUCCUGUUGCUGGUGCCAUUGUUGCAUAUACCGCAUUCGCUUAUCACGAUGAUUUUCGACUUUUGUUCCUCCAACAGCAGUAACAUAAAUAGCAGUAAACCCACCUCCUCGUUCAUAUCCUCGCUGAUCCUAUGGGCGUGUGUAUUUGCUGCUACCAAUUUAAUGGUGGAUCAGGUUUCUGUGACACCCACAAAGCAAUCCUUGAUCGAAAAAGUAAGGCGCAUGUCCAUACCCGGUUCUUUUAAUCAAAACAAUACAAAAAAGCCAACAGUGGAAAAGAAGCCUGUAGUCGCAUCAGUAAAGCGUACUUGGAUACCAGCAACUGUGCAACAACAACAGCAACCUUUGCCUGAACUCCGGAGAAGAAAGUCCAUCUAG